GUUUUUGUUUUGUAAACAUUGAAGAAGUUAAACAAAAUUAAUUUCGGGACACUAUCCACUACUGAUAACUGGGGUCGACAGGUUCAACUGUUAUCUGAAACUCGUAUGCAAUAAGUGGAGGAUUUUAGUUUCAUUUUUAUUUGUUGUUUAAGACUUGAGAGAUGGGUUAUACAAAAUCUCAAUCGCCCGUUCCAUUUGAGUCGAGCUGGAUUCAAAAUGUUCACUUAAAUUUGUCUUCAAUUGAAGAAAUAGCAGCGAAACUAUCCGGUAAAGGGGAAGUGUCUGGUUGGAAUGAAGUGCAAUGGGCCUUGAUGGCACUUCGUCUGACGGAUCUCACAACAUUAGCAGGUGAUGAUUCUGCUUCCAAUGUGGAAAGACUAUGUCUACAAGCUGCCUAUCCAUUCUCAACCAAACUUAUGCAGCAUUUCGAAGAGGAAUCAGCGAAUAAGGUUCACACAGCUGCUGUCUGUGUGUAUCCAAGCCGUGUUAAGGAUGCUUACGAAAAACUCGGCCGAUUGAACAAACUGAAUGAAAUCAACAUUGCCGCUGUCGCCACUGGUUUUCCAUCUGGACAGUAUCCACUACAGACACGUUUGGCUGAAAUCGCCUCGGCCAUUGAGAAUGGAGCUACAGAAAUUGAUGUUGUGGUCGACCGUAAUUUAGUGCUGUUGAACAAAUGGGAAGAAUUGUAUGCUGAACUAGUUGAAAUGAGGAAGGUGUGCGGUGAUACGGUUCAUUUGAAAACGAUUUUAGCGAUUGGAGAAUGUGGUUCAAUGGAAAAUGUGUAUCGGGCGUCAAUGAUUGCUAUGAUGGCUGGAUCCGAUUUUAUUAAGACAUCUACCGGAAAAGAGAGCGUCAAUGCGACUCUACCUGUCGGUCUGGUCAUGAUAUGGGCAAUUAUGGAUUUUAAAGAGCGAACCGGUCGUAAGAUUGGAUUAAAACCAGCGGGUGGUGUUCGAUCCGUGAAAGAUGCUAUAGCUUGGCUACAUUUGAUCAAAAAUACACUUGGAGACGAAUGGAUAACACCCGAACUUUUUAGAUUUGGAGCGUCUGGAUUGGUCGAUAACAUUGAAAAGCACCUCGAGGGACAGUUUUACAGAAAUGUCAGCGUCGGUGUGAAGGUUUAAACAGCCCAAUAAAUGUAUUUGAGUGAAAC